AUGGCGUCACCAAUUCUUCUUUCCUUAGCUGUUCUGUUCGCCUUUUACGCUCUUAAUCUUUUACGACAGUUUUUCAAGAACCGAGCAACUGCAAAGGCGUCGGGCAUACCGUACUACUACAGUAUCGCCUAUCCUGGAUUUCGCUUGUGGCGAAUAUCUGCUCUCGUCCUUGAGCCACUUCUUCGAUUACUUCCAGAUAGAUGGCUGGAUCCAUGGCUGGACCUGGCCCUGAAAUUCGGUUGGUCUCGUCGCUUCGAACCAUUCGCCAGAAUCGGCUCUGGUUGCUUCUUGAUCGUAACGCCUGGGUCCUUGACCUUGUACAUGGCAGAAGCCGCGGCGAUUACCCAAGUCGUGAAUCGUAAAAAUGACUUCCCAAAGCCAGUCGAGAUGUAUGGGAUCCUUCGCAUCUACGGCGACAAUGUAGUGACGACAGAGACACAACAAUGGAGACAUCACCGGAAAAUCACGAGUCCACCAUUUUCGGAGAGGAACAAUCAAUUAGUAUGGCUCGAGACCUUGAACCAGACUCAGAGCAUGGUCGACAGCUGGUUUGACCAAGAUCAAGACCGAUCGAGGACUAUCACUACUCUUGUUCAAGAUGCCAUGAGGCUGAGUCUGCACGUGAUCAGCAGGGCUGGUUUUGGUGUUGGUUUGGCCUGGCCCGGGGCUAGAAGCCAAGACAACGAUGCGUCAGUGAUAUCGCCAGACUCGAAUCCUGGCCACACGAUGACUUACAUGGAAGCCAUAAGCACGGUGCUUCAUCGUCUCUUGUUCAUCCUCUUACUCCCCGAUUUUCUCUUGAAAAUACUCCCCUUCAAAGUCACGAAGGAGGCACAUGUUGCCUUUGUGGAAUGGCGUCAAUACAUGAAGGAUAUAUAUGACAAGCGAAAGAGUCAAAUUCUAGCAGGUCAAGAGGGUGACUCGACGGACUUGAUGGUCUCCAUGCUCAAAGGCGCCGGCUUGAAAGCUCAAGAAGAUGCUCAGGACGACAAAAAAAUGCAGCAAGCUUUGACGGAAGACGAAAUACUAGGCAAUGCCUUCAUAUUCAUUCUCGCUGGACACGAGACGACUGCUAAUUCGAUCCAUUUCACCAUGGCCUAUUUGGCUAUGAAUAUCCCAACCCAGCGUAGGCUACAAGCCGAUUUAGACGAAACCUUUGGGUCUGCGCCUGUGAGUGAGUGGCAGUACGAGAAACAUGUGCCACAACUCUUCAAUAAUAUGGCUGGCGCCGUCAUGUGUGAAGAGCUACGGCUAGUUCCACCCGUCACCGAUAUACCCAAAUGCACUCGGACUCCGCAGGAUCUCGUCAUUGGCGGCAAGCACUACACUGUCCCAGGCAACAUUAUGAUCCACUUAUGUGCGCCUUGCGCCGGCCGAAACCCAAAUUCAUGGCCAGCAGGACCCCCAGCUGACCCUGACAAUCCUUCACAUCCAUACUCGAACCGCGACAACGAUUUGGAGGAAUUCAAGCCAGAACGAUGGAUUCUUAAUUCCAGCAAGAUCAAUGAGACUCAAGAGCAAACCGAAUCUAGUCCUCCUUCAACUGCACUUCCAAGUGUAGACUCUGGAGUAGACACAGGAGCAGGCUUGUUCAAACCCGAGAAAGGCUCUUUCUUGCCUUUCAGCGAUGGUCACCGGUCUUGCCUUGGACGUCGAUUCGCACAAGUCGAGCUACUUGCUUUUCUGGCUUUGGUCUUCAAGCAUUACAGCGUUGAGCUCUCUGUCGAGCAGUGGGCCAGCGACGAGCAAGUAGAGAAGAUGGAUCCAAUAUCCAAGAGGGAGACUUGGGAGAAGGCUAAAGCAAAGAUUGAGAAGUCACUCAGAGAUGAUCUGGACAGUAUGAUCACCCUGCAACUACAGAAAGGCCACCUCGCACUGAGGCUGGUGAAGAGGGGUAAGGAGACAUUCGACUACAGGCAAUGA